AUGAGCCAGCUGAGUGCGCAGGCGGUGGCUGCUGUAGAGGAAAGCUUCUCCAAGCGGUGCGGACAGAAGGUGCAGAACCAGCAGUCGCAGUACGAGGAAUUGCGGGCACGACGGAAGGCUCAAGAGGCAUACAACUCUUGUUUGAAGAGAAGCUGUGCCGAGCGACGUGCAGCAGUCAGUCUGCUGAAGAGGCGCUGCGCUGUGGCACGGCUAGGCAGAGCUGCACAAGCUCACCUUCGCCAAU